AUAAUAAAAGGAAACCAACGUUCGUUAAACACGAUACACUGUAAAUCGGACAGUUAUAUAUCUCGAAGGACAGACAGUCGCACAACCUUGUACAUUGCAACUAUAACAGUCGCGACUCUGUUUUAAAUUAAAUUUAAAAGCCAUGAUCACCGAUCGGAUUGAAUGAAACACUGGAUGUUGUCGAAAGAGUAUCAAUUAAAAUAAAAUAAAAUAUAAACCGGCAUAUUCGUAAAUGGUCAAUUAUCGCGUAGACUUUUGCAGUGACAGAGCACAAGCUGUCAUCAACAACGACUGACACGCGUGAAACAAAUAAGACAAGACAAGACACAUAAUGUGCAAUAAAUAAUAACAACAAUGUGUUGACCGAUCGAUUGGAAGGUUGCGUUACAACCGAGUAUGCAUUACAACGCCCAGAGGAUCGCGGAAGACUCGUACCUGCGCCAGAGACAACAGGAGCACCAGCAGCACCGACAGCACCAACAAACGAACCAGCAACACGCUAGCUACGCCAGCAUUCGACAAAAGGCUCGCGAUCGUUCGUGCUCGCCGAGAUCGGAUGAAGUGCGGUCCCCGGUGUCCGAAGUGAGGGGAGAGACGGUCGUCGGAUCUCCGGAGAACGCGUGUUUCGCGGAAAACGGCUCACCAUCGGGUCUCAUCGGCGACGAAUCGCGAAUGUCGAGGUACCGCGAGGAGAAUGACGCGAAAAGACCAUCCUUCUCGAAGCAGGAGAACGACGAGUCGGCGGCGAGUUUCUUUCGGGAGUCGGACGACACCGGCGUGAAGUGUUUCACGGAGGAGAUGGUGUCGGCGGUGGCCAGCCAUUACAGGGAAUCGAACAACUCGCCGGGAAGGAUCUCGCCGCAGGAGUACGCGGUUCAUUCGACGGACAGGCGUCACAGUUCAUUCGGUAAGACGUCGUUUUGCAUCGACGCGUUGCUCGGCCGAGCGACCGGCAAGCAGGAGAACCUCGAUCACGAGCGAUCGGAACGAAACCAGAGAUACCUGUUCACGAAUUCCGUGAGGAACUCCGUCGUGGACGGAGCGAGUCCCUGCCUGACGAACUCGUUGGUCCGCGGUCAACACGAUCGAGAAUCCUCUUGCACCCUCGGUGGCGCGAGCGGAGCUGCAACCGGUAUCGUCACUGGCAUCGGCACUCGUGAAACCGACGCUACCACCGGAGUAGGAAUAGCCGUCGGAGUCGGUGUUGGUAACGGGACUGCGCUUAACAUUGGUACCGGAAGAACGGAGGAGCAGAGAACGUCUUCCCUGGGAGGUCUUCUGAAUCCAUUCGACAGAUCGGUCGUCCAACAUGGGCUCGCCUCGCCGUCGAGCUUGCAGGUUAUCCGCGAUGCGAGCGACAGGCAGGACAUUCGCAAGGCCGCGGAGGAGACGAUGAAACCGUCUCCCUACAACAAAGGGGAGAACGUCGCCGGGAUUGGGAACGGAGGGUUUCGAGUCGAUCGGUUGGAGAACGUGAUCGAGGACGACGGCUCGAUUGACGUUGACCCUGCGAGGACAGGGUCGGCCAGCUCCGGAAGCAACGCGAGCCACAGUCCGAUCUCGAGUCCACCGAUCUCGCCAGGUUCGGAGGAGCCCGGCAACAACAACGCCGGUAUCCCUGGUAAUCCGAAUUUACCGAGUGGCCAUUACAGCGCGCUCGGCGGCAGCAACGCGGGUGUAGCACGGCAGAAUCAAGCGCUUCUCUUACAUCCGAGCGGCCCCCUCAUACAUCCCGGAGGAUUAUAUUAUCAUCCGGCCGGUGGUAGCGCGUUUCACUCGAUACACAAGGAAGGUCAACCCGUCGGGCAUUCGCAGAGUGCUCAUCCUCAGCAGCAUCACAUCCAUCCACUCCAGCUCGAGUGGUUGGCUAGGACCGGAAUGCUGUACCCGAGGUUACCCGCCGAUUUAGCCG